UAUUGGACAUGCUCGUCGAAUUCAGCAUCUUCCAAGCUCGAGAACCACGAGCCAAUUGUUACCUCUUGGUUCUCGACAGUACCAUGCCGGCUUUCAUUUUCUCGCCAUUUUUCCUUUUUAAUUUCAUCCGACUUUAACUUCCGAAGCGAGUUCGUCAGCAUCUUAGUGAUAUCAAACGAGCCACUAGAGAAUUCAGGAUUUUCAAUGCCACGGAGACAUUAUCAUCCUCAUCUUUGCAAGUGUCACACUACAUGGUUAACCAAAAGACACUACAAAGAUUUGGUGUGCUUAAUCAUGGAGGAGUUGCGAAUAAAUCGAUGAUUCUUUUGGACAUGACCGAUGUACGUCUUAAAACUGCAUAUUUGACCGAUAAAAUCACUUCAACAUCGCUUGCUCCAAAUCUAUGUUCUACAGCAGAGUAGCAAGUAGUCCAAAAAAGAACAAAAUCCAACCAUCGACAGAAACACCCAUAUUACCAACCAUGGCUAGCAAAGAUGGCAGCCCACCUUCCUGGUCGCUAAAUGCUGACGGAAUACCAUACGCUUAUAACGAAUUCUCAUGGGGGAUAGAUAUAGAUACAAAUACUAUGGGCAUUGAUUGGGAUCAAUCUUGGCUCGAAAGGACUUUCUCAGAGCCUGAAUCACCACAAAAUACUUUCAACUCCAAGGGAGAAAGCAUACAAUGUCAGCCAAGAACUAACUUCAGUGAAGGAUUUCAUAACAUUAGUGAUUAUGCUGCUGACGGCCUAGACGAAUUGUCUUUAUCGCUCUGGGACGAUUUAAACGGGUUAUCGGACUGCCCAGAUUUGAACAAUAUUGAAAUGUUGUCAGUACCACUUACGGACAACAUGAGCGGCAGUGUUACGCAUCCACUGCCAUUACUCGAUUUCUCCAUUGACCCAACCUUUCAAACAUCUAGCAACGAAUUACUCGGUACUUAUCGAGAUCCAUUCCAAGCAACAUUCAAUGAAACCGCUACCCAACAAGCUUAUGAGACCUAUUCUCUCAUCUCGAAUCCUCAGCCACCAAUACUAGGCAACUCUGACUGGCACCAAAUACAGUCUCCACCGUACAUGAGCUCAUCGACUGGAGUCUACUUCCCUCCCUUGUCUUCCAUCACACAAUCUCCAACUAGCAGCGCCGACUUCAUAUCGUCCCCCACGCAAUCUUCCACUACCAAUACCCAAAACUCAAUACUUCUAUCAACAUCCAACUCAACCACAUCCUCAAGUGAUCGAUCAUCAUCUGACUCACCACCAAGUGAACAAAAUGAAUACACUUGUACAAUUUGCUGCAAAACUUUUUCCAAGCGAUUCGAAUUCAAGUAUGUAUCCCAAUUUCCCCUCUUUCCAUCUCCCAAACUCCUUCACUUCCAUUCACACCACCCCAUACUCUCGUCUCUAUUUCUCCUAUCCCAUCAUUUCUACCACGAACCCACUGACCCACCCACCUUCACUAGUAAACACACGCCCCUCCACACCCUCCCCCACACCUGUACCCUCUGUCCCCACCGCACAGCCCGUAGAAGAGACAUGACUCGGCACAUGGCCGCCAAACACAAAGAUGUCGGUCCCUCGGGUCCAAAAUCUGUAUCGAAACCUAUUUGUCCUGUGGAGGAUUGUAAGCGUAGUUUUGCGAGACCGGAUCAUUUGCUUAGACACUUGAGGAGAAAACAUUCUGGAUAUGAGUUGGGAUCUUGAGUUUUCCUAUUUCUUUCUUUUUCUUUUCGCUUUACUUCGAUUUUUUCAGCAUGGCGUUGGUGCACGGAAAAUGCAACGAAUGAAUGGGAUUACAAUGGUAAAUAUUUGCAAU